AAAUCCACGUCCACCAUCGCCGCAAUCACUCGACAUUGAUACAACAACCCUGUCAGAUCCACAAUUCCCAUACCACAAUGAGCGACGCAUCAACACCGAAGCCCAGCAGCAGCGUCAAGCUCGUCUUGCUGGGAGAGGCCGCCGUAGGAAAGUCAUCACUGGUCUUGCGCUUCGUAAACAACGAUUUCCAGCCCAACAAGGAGCCCACAAUUGGCGCCGCCUUCCUCACAAAGAAGAUCUCGCUCCCUGCCCGCACCAUCAAGUUCGAGAUCUGGGAUACCGCAGGCCAGGAGCGCUUCGCCUCGCUCGCUCCCAUGUACUACCGUAACGCACAGGCCGCCCUCGUUGUCUACGAUCUGACCAAGCCGUCUUCGUUGGUGAAGGCUCGCCACUGGGUCGCCGAGCUGCAACGUCAGGCCUCACCAGGCAUCGUCAUUGCUCUGGUCGGAAACAAGUUUGAUCUGUGCGGUGAGGAAGGAGAGGAUUCUGAGGAGCAGGAUGCUGCCGCAGGAGACGACGAAGACGGUGCAGACGCAAGGAAAGUAAGCACGCGCGAGGCCAAGUCAUACGCCGACGAGGAGAACCUAUUGUUCUUCGAGACAUCGGCAAAGAACGGCACCAAUGUUACAGAGGUCUUCACCGCCAUCGCCAAUGCUAUUCCCGAGACAAGCCUGAAGGGUCCUCGAGGAGGCGCCGCUGCUGCAAGAGCUGGUGCUGGUGACGCUGUCGCCCAAGGUCAGGAGUCACGGGUCAACUUGAACAGCCUUGGAGCUGGUAACGCAAAGGAGGGAUGUGCUUGCUAGUCCGCUCUUUUGCUGCUUCUGUCCUUUAGUGUACUGUCUUGAGCCAACCUCGAUGCCGGUAAGCCUCUCGUUGUCAACUUGGUGUAGCCUUCGCACCGUCGUCGGCAGCGCUUUUCGCCGUGCUUGAGAAUAAGGACGUUCUGUUCCUGGCGUUUUUAUUCCGAUCAACUGCGAGAUCGGACCGUUCUUUUUUUUGCUUGGUCUUGUUGAUAUCCACAUUGAGUCUUGUCAGGAGGGUCUUCUUAAC